AUGUUCUUUGCAUUUCUUCGUCCUCUGCUGGCAUUUCAUCAUCCCCGUCGUCAAUCAUUUCUGAGCGAUGAAUUCCAUAUUUAUGUUUCAGUCAUUUUAGAAAUAAGUUCUUCGAAACGACGAGCCAAGUCAUCGAAAUCAUCCAAGUUGCCACCGCCGGAUCCAGUGUUGCCUCCACCUCCUGAUCCUCCACCUGGUCGGUUUCCACCGACGAAUGUUGUUGGUGGUUCGGGGAACGAGAGAUCUGAAAUGAACGAAGAUAUUAUUAAUGACAAAAUUGAAAUCUUAUUGGAGUAUUUGGAAUAA